UUUUCUAAACGAAUACCGGUAUUACUGACUUUUUGUUUGACCUUCACAAUCCACAUAUUCUGUCAAAAUUCCCGUUCUUAGAUGGUGCUCAGUAGUUUUAUAAAAACAAAAUUUCACUCGAAAUAUAAGUCAUUAUUGACAUUUAGUCUUAACAGUGUGCAACAGAGAUAUUAUAAAACUUGUCCCGCAAUGUCGAAGACAGCGCUAGUGAUUUUGGCCCAGGGUGCUGAGGAGAUGGAGACUGUCAUCACAGCCGAUGUGCUGAGGAGGGGAGGAGUAACAGUGACUAUAGCAGGUCUGGAUGGAGCGGACCCCGUGCUGUGUUCCAGGCAGAUCACCAUUGUGCCCGACAAGGCACUCGACGCGGCUCUGGCUGAGAAUCCCAUUUAUGAUGCGGUGAUCCUGCCAGGCGGUCUAGAAGGAUCGGAUCGCCUGUCUAAGUCGGUGGUAGUGGGCAACGUCCUCAAGGAACACGAACAGAAGGGAAAGAUUGUCGCUGCUAUAUGUGCUGCGCCCACAGCGUUCGUAGCGCACGGCAUAGCUCAGAACAAGAAGGUGACCUCGUACCCGACCACUAAGGACAAGAUACCGGCCGACUGCUACACCUAUGUGGAAGGCGAGAGGGUCGUCGUCGAUGGCAAUGUUGUUACUAGCAGGGGCCCCGGCACAGCUUAUUGGUUCGGACUGAAAUUGAUCGAGUUACUGACUGGCAAAGAUAAGGCUGAUCAAGUAGAGAAAGGCAUGAUCAUCACUGGAUACUAGAAAUCUGCCAUAAUUAUAAUAUAGACUAACUGCCGUACUCAGAGACAUUUAAUGAUUACUUAAACUAUUCCUUAGUAACGAUUUUGUAUCGAAAACAAUAGCUAAGGGCUGGGUUAAGUAAUCAUUAAAUGACUGAGUACGGCGGUAAGAUUAAUUAUUAUGUUAUCAAAGUCAAAGUCAAAAUUAUUUAUUUCAAAUAGACCAGGGAAGGCACUUUUGAACGUCAAAGCAAAUAUAAUAAUAUUAAUAACGUCUAUCUGUCGGUCAGUCCUCUAGUGAAGGCUUACUCACGUAACUGUUUGACGAGGAACUCGACUAGUUUCAAGCCAUGCUAGAGGCUCAUAUUCAUGAGCAGCAUUCCGCGACACACGACGCGGCGAUUGUUAGCUACUCUAGUAGUAGAGGCUAUGAAAAUAUGAGCUCUUAGCAUGGCUUGAAACUAGUCGAGUACCUCGUCAAACAGUUACGUGAGUAAGCCGAUAACAUAAUAAUUAAUUUAGUAUGUCUCAUGCAAGUUAUAAUAAUAUAAGACUAAGAUUUUUGUGUCAUUUCUUUUAAAACUUAAGUAUACAUUUUUAUUAUAUGAUUUGAAGAAUCAAUAUAUUAGAUAAAACAGUUUACUCACGGAAAUAACCGUCGCCGCAUAUGCUGAUUAUGAUUAAGAGCCCCGGUCGUAGUUCGAAAUUAAUUGAGCAUACUCGAAAGUUUGUGAGUAAGCUGUAUUAUCUAAUUAUUGAUUGUAUUGUAUCCACACAGCUUUUUGUUAUGUAUGCAUAGCAUAUUAUUAUAAUAUUUUUUUUUGAAA